AUGGCGCUCAACGUCCAAGUGGACUACGACGCUAUCCUUACUUUUGAUGAUAACGAUGAUAGCUCCACUGAAGACGAAUCAGAGAUUCAGAGGGAAACAAGUUCUUCUAGCGUCGGUGAGAGUCCAAGGUCCCUCAAAAUUGAGCAGGAAACAUCUCCCUCUGCUGAGAUCAGCCCCUUAGUGAAGAUGAGCCAAAAAGUAAUCGAUCUGACAAACCAGGUCGACAAUCUUAAUAUAGAAUUGAAAAACAAGAUUUGUGAGCUCCGAGAGGAAAAAGAUCGAAGAAUCGCGAGGGAGGCUGAAAUCAAGUCACAGCAGGAAGAAAUUCGAAAACUCAAAAAAAUGUUGGUGGAACAACGUCACCUACAAGAUAAACAAGAACAUAGAAGAAAUGUGCCGGAGACAACAGGUGGUUCGAAGGUAUCUUCCUCAGCCAAAGCCGACAAGAGCCAUCUUCAGCAGGUGGACUACUACAAGAGGGAGGCCGAAAAGUACGCCUUCAGAAAUAAAGGGCUGAUAGAAGUUAUGAUUGAAGAAUAUAAAGUGAGGCUAAAACACGAGGAAGAACUCAAAAAUCAAUCAGAGCAAAUUUCAAAAUUUAAAGAGCAGCAGGAAAAUAUGAAAUCUCUGCAGGCUGUAGUUGCAGAGCUGAAGGUGAAGCUGAAAACUGCUCUGGAAAACAACAGUCCGAAAGUCUCCAGCCAGCCAGACGGCUCCCUAGAAAAUGAGCAAAGACGGACCUUCAUGCUACCAGGGGUCUCCACAAAUAGCUUGGCUCCACCUUUGCGCCAGCCCACUUCGAGAUCGCAAAGAGAAGAUUUUCUACAACCAGAGGAGACCAAGAAAACACAGACUUCCAACCAGCCAUGGAGCACUGAAGAAAGGAAGACUUCCAACCAGCCAUGGAGCACUGAAGAAAGGAAGACUUCCAACCAGCCAUGGAGGUCUGAAGAAAGGCAGACUUCCAACCAGCCAUGGAAGUCUGAAGAAAGGAAGACUUCCAACCAGCCAUGGAAGUCUGAAGAAAGGAAGACUUCCAACCAGCCAUGGAAGUCUGAAGAAAGGCAGACUUCCAACCAGCCAUGGAAGUCUGAAGAAAGGAAGACUUCCAACCAGCCAUGGAGGGUUGAAGAAAGGAAGACUUCCAACCAGCCAUGGAGCACUGAAGAAAGGCAGACUUCCAACCAGCCAUGGAGCACUGAAGAAAGGAAGACUUCCAACCAGCCAUGGAGCACUGAAGAAAGGAAGACUUCCAACCAGCCAUGGAGCACUGAAGAAAGGAAGACUUCCAACCAGCCAUGGAGCACUGAAGAAAGGAAGACUUCCAACCAGCCAUGGAGCACUGAAGAAAGGAAGACUUCCAACCAGCCAUGGAAGUCUGAAGGAGGGCAGACUUCCAACCAGCCAUGGAAGUCUGAAGAAAGGCAGACUUCCAACCAGCCAUGGAAGUCUGAAGAAAGGAAGACUUCCAACCAGCCAUGGAGCACUGAAGAAAGGAAGACUUCCAACCAGCCAUGGAGGGUUGAAGAAAGGAAGACUUCCAACCAGCUAUGGAAGUCUGAAGAAAGGCAGACUUCCAACCAGCCAUGGAGCACUGAAGAAAGGAAGACUUCCAACCAGCCAUGGAGGGCUGAAGAAAGGAAGACUUCCAACCAGCCAUGGAGCACUGAAGAAAGGAAGACUUCCAACCAGCCAUGGAGCACUGAAGAAAGGAAGACUUCCAACCAGCCAUGGAGGGUUGAAGAAAGGAAGACUUCCAACCAGCCAUGGAGUACUGAAGAAAGGAAGACUUCCAACCAGCCAUGGAAGUCUGAAGAAAGGAAGACUUCCAACCAGCUAUGGAAGUCUGAAGAAAGGCAGACUUCCAACCAGCCAUGGAGUACUGAAGAAAGGAAGACUUCCAACCAGCCAUGGAAGUCUGAAGAAAUGAAGACUUCCAACCAGCCAUGGAGGACUGAAGAAAGGCAGACUUCCAGUCAAAGAGGGGUCUUCACACAUGAGCUGACUCGGCCUUUACGGCAACCCAAGACCACGUGGCACUAA